CUCGCUGGGCGGCAGGAUUCAUCCCGCACCUCCGCAAAUCCCAGCGCGAUGCCGCUCAAGAAACCCGACCCGAAGAAGGAAGCAGCCAAAGCAGCUCCAGGCUCUGAGCCUGCCUUCGAUCCCAAGAGCGUGAAGAUUGAAUUCACGGCAGAGCAGAUUGAAGAGUUCAGAGAAGCCUUUGGGCUGUUUGACCGGACGCCUGCGGGGACGAUGCAGAUCAGCUACGGACAGUGCGGGGACGUGCUCCGAGCGCUCGGCCACAACCCCACCAACGCAGAGGUCCUCAAGGUGCUGGGCAAGCCCAAACCAGAAGAAAUGAACACAAAGAUGCUGGACUUUGAGACCUUCCUCCCCAUCCUGCAGCACUUCACCCGCAACAAGGAGCACGGCACCUUUGAGGACUUUGUGGAAGGGCUGCGUGUGUUCGACAAGGAGGGCAACGGGAUGGUCAUGGGGGCCGAGCUGCGCCAUGUGCUGGUCACACUGGGAGAGAAGAUGACAGAAAGCGAGGUGGAGCAGCUCAUGGCAGGGCAGGAAGAUGCCAAUGGCUGUAUCAACUAUGAAGCUUUUGUCAAGCACAUCAUGUCUGGCUGAAAUGCGAAACUUCAGGUGAGUUCAGUGGCGUCUCCUGCUGCUCACUCCAAAAUUGGAAAUCCUGCAAGUAACAGCCAAGGGCAGAGAAGCCAAAACCCAAACCUGCAGUGGAUUAAUGCCACAGGAAUAAUCCCAGCUCUGAAGGCGCAGAAGUUAUGUUGAUGAUAAGGAAUUUCAUUUGUAACUCCUGCCAAUUAAAAUUUAUCAGGACAUCA